AUGCAGCUCCAAGGCGAGCUUCAGACCAAGGGCCACCAGAUCCGGCACUACAACGGCCCGAUCCACGGCGUGCGGGUGAUUGUGCAGAACGAGGGCCUGCGGGGCAUCUACCGGGGCAUCGGGUGCGCGUACAUCUACCAGGUCCUGCUCAACGGGUGCCGGCUGAGCUUCUACGAGCCGAUACGCGAGGGGCUGGCCAAGGUCGUCUUCAAGGACGGCUCCAAGCAGUCCCUGGGCAUCAACAUGUUCUCCGGCGCCUCCUCGGGCAUCAUCGGCGCCGCCGCGGGCAGCCCCUUCUUCCUCGUCAAGACGCGCCUGCAGAGCUUCUCCCCGUCAUUACCCGUCGGCACGCAGCACCAGUACAAGAACGCGUGGGACGGCCUGCGGCAGAUCCACAAGGCCGAGGGCUUCGGCGGGCUGUACCGGGGCGUCGGCGCCGCCAUGAUCAGGACCGGCUUCGGCAGCUCGGUCCAGCUGCCGACCUACUUCUUUGCCAAGCGCCGGCUCGUCAAGCACCUGGGCAUGGAGGAGGGCGCGCCGCUGCACCUGACGAGCAGCGCCAUCUCGGGAUUCGUGGUGUGCUGCUUCAUGCACCCGCCUGACACAAUCAUGUCUCGCCUCUACAACCAAAACGGCAACCUGUACAAGGGCGUCUUUGACUGCCUCGGCAAGACGAUACGCACAGAGGGCCUCUUUGCGAUAUACAAGGGCUUCCUCCCGCACCUGGCGCGCAUCCUGCCCCACACCAUCCUCACGCUCAGCCUCGCCGAGCAGACGAACAAGCUGGUCCGCCGGAUCGAGGGCAAGAUCUUGCCCGAGAAGGUGCUGAGCAAGAUAUAG